AUGUGCCGUUGUCCCAAGCACGCCUUCAACCAGCCUCAAUCCGCUGGCGUAUACCCAGCUGCUGUUGCUGUUGAGCUGUUGCUGCUGUUGCUUCUGAUUUCAAGUAUGACAAAUGGCGGCGUACAUGGACCCAUUGAGGGCUACAACUCGUUAGAUGAGAUGACAACAACGCCAGCCAUGGCGCCCACAAUGCCCACCGCUGCGUAUACGCAUCCCAAAUGGAUGGAGCCGUAUUUUGAUCCCUCAACGCCCCGCAAUGUGACCGCCCUUAUGGGCAAAUCCGCGUAUCUGAGUUGCCGUGUGCGCAAUUUGGCCAACAAAACGGUAUCCUGGAUUCGUCAUCGGGACAUUCACAUACUGACCGUGGGCGCAUACACAUACACAUCCGAUCAGCGGUUUCAGGCCACACAUCAUCAGGACACCGACGACUGGACGCUGCAGAUAAAAUGGGCACAGAAACGAGAUGCGGGCAUGUAUGAGUGCCAGAUAUCAACGCAACCAGUUCGCAGUUAUUUUGUUCGUCUCAAUGUUGUCGUGCCAACGGCGACCAUACUUGGCGGACCUGACCUUCACGUUGAUAAAGGCAGCACCAUAAAUCUCACUUGCACUGUAAAGUUCAGCCCUGAACCGCCGGCCUACAUCUUCUGGUAUCAUCACGAGGAGGUCAUUAAUUAUGAUUCAUCAAGAGGCGGCGUGUCGGUAAUUACCGAAAAGGGCGAUGUGACAACCUCAUUUCUGCUCAUACAGAAUGCAGAUCUGGCCGAUUCCGGCAAAUACUCAUGUGCCCCCUCCAAUGCAGAUGUUGCCAGCGUGCGUGUGCAUGUACUAAAUGGUGAACAUCCGGAGGCAAUGCAAACUGGCUCAUCCGGUUGCCAGUACAAUUGGCUGACAAUUGUCAUGCUGGUGGGCCUGGUGCUCAGUUUUAGCCAACGGCAGCAGCAACACUGUGCCACACUCGCCACAUGGGGCACGUGCAGCAGCAGCAGCAGCAGCAACACCACACUCGCGGCCAGUGAAAGUGACACGAGAACGGCGACAAAAACAACAGCUGCAACGGCAAAACCUUCAACUGGCAACGUGAAACUGUCAACUGCGGUUAGCGGCAACUGCCAGCAGGCGUGCCACGCCCACAACAACGCCCAGGGCGAGUCUAAGCAUUGCUGUCACAGAUGA